AUGAAAAGAUUCGUUUCAAUCUUAUUGAUUGCAUUGACUUUGGCAAUUCUUGCACUUUCCUUCACUUCUGGAGUUUCUGCUGAAGAAUCAACAACUGCUGCCUCAACUCUUUCCUUAUUCAAACUCAACAAGAAGCUCAACAAGUACAUUGACACCUAUGGAAGAAAGAGAAGAGGAUUGAAGAAAUUUGGAAAGAAGAGAAUUAUUAGAAAGAAGAUUGAUGUUUACGGAAAGAAGAGAAGAUUGAAUAAGAAGAGAAGAAUUGACACUUAUAGAAAGAAGAACAGAAAGAAUAGAAGAGGUGGAAAGAAGUAUAAGAAAGUUGACCUCUACAAGCGUAAAUAA